AUGAAGCUCAGCACACUGGUUCUCGGACUAGCAGCUGGCGUCUAUGCAAAGUCUUCCACCAAGCAAGAUGUUCUCGACGCGCGUUUCGGUUCGGAUUGGCCCUUUAGCGGAAUCUCAACCUUUGCACAUCUCGAAACCGACAGGUGCCUCGUGAAUCCCAACACGAAAUACGACAUCGCGCUGAUCGGCGUGCCGUUCGAUACUGCUGUAUCCUAUCGGCCUGGUGCACGAUUUGGUCCUCGUGCUAUUCGUGCAGCGUCUAUGCGCCAGUCCUCGCUGCGAGGUUUCAAUGCCCGAGCUGGUAUCAACCCUUACAAGGACUGGGCCAAGAUCAUCGACUGCCAGGAUAUUCCAGUCACUCCCGUUGACAACAAACUGGCUUUGCACCAGAUGACCGAGGGUUUCAAAGAGCUCUUGAGCCACGAUACCGCGAGCCCCACCCAUGGCAGAGUGCCUCGCUUGGUAACCCUCGGAGGUGAUCAUUCGAUCGUUUUGCCUCAUCUUCGUGCUUUGAAGCAGAUCCAUGGCCCCAUCACUGUGAUACACUUUGAUGCUCACUUAGAUACUUGGCUGCCCUCCAAGUAUCCUUCGGGAUGGGCCGAGGCUGAGGCUGGUUCCGGUCACUUUACCCACGGCACCAUGUUCUGGAUGGCCCAUACCGAGGGCCUGUUAGCUGAGGACUCGUGCAUUCAUGCUGGUUUGCGCACUCGUCUUUCUGGAACUGACUAUGAGGACUAUGCGGAUGAUUCUAAACAAGGAUUCGCUCGUAUUUCUUGCGAUGAUAUUGAUACUAUGGGUGUUGAGGGGAUCGUCGACACAAUCGUCAAGCGUGUCGGCGACAACCCGGUCUACAUUUCCUUGGAUAUUGAUGUCAUUGACCCCGGUAUGGCUCCCGGUACCGGCACUCCUGAGGUCGGUGGCUGGACAACUCGCGAGAUGAUCGGUCUUCUCCGAGGCCUCUCGGGCCUGAACCUCGUCGGUGCGGAUAUUGUUGAAGUAUCUCCUGCUUUCGACAAUGCUGAGAUCACUGCGUUGGCUGGUGCUCAGCUUGCCUACGAGAUCCUCACUAACAUGGUUCUUAGCCGUCACGAUGGCGAGACCCAUGUCGAUCCCAGUCACGACGAACUGUAA